AGUUUAAAGGUUUUGGCAGACGCUCAGGGAAAGGUCAUCAGAUGGUCAUCUUGUCUCAAAUGCCUGCACUGGCAGGCAGGCGGCAGGAAACUUUCCUGGCUAGGAACUGGAAUGCCGCUUGGGGGAGGCGCAGAGAUGCAUGCUUGUUCAAACAGAGCACAUUGAGCCGAACAGCAAAAGAAGAGCUGGCCGGACUGCGGUGGCAGCUUCAUCUUUGCAUCAAGAAUCCUGAAGUUGUAGAUAGCGCUCCUUGAAGAUGUUUGGGCUUGGCACCAAUGCGGCGAGAAAGUCCAGGUCCUUCAUUUCCAUUGGUUUUCCUUUCGGAAUGCUUAAGUCUGCAAAGCUGAUGGAGCCUUCAGCAUUAGUGGUUGCAAGAGGAGGGAGAAACCCCCUGGAAAUCUCAUCAGCUAGCCUCCUAGAAAGUAACCUCCCCCUUGGGCAAAAGCAAACAGCUUCUUGAUGUCACGCCUCUUCUUGGCUGCGUGCUAGCAAGAGGCUGAAAGCUGGCACAGCUUGGGAGAAUCGAUCAACCGAUAUGGUUCGGGAGAAGUGAGUAACAAGUAUGGCCCGGGUCAUAGUCCACGUCGACCUGGACGCGUUCUACGCCGCAGUGGAGCAAGUGCGCCUGGGGCUUCCCCUUGACCAACCACUUGCCGUCCAGCAAUGGGAGGGCCUAAUUGCGGUCAACUACGCGGCGCGGGCCAAGGGCGUCACCCGUUUCAUGGCAAUCGCCGAGGCCAAGCAAAAGUGUCCGGACCUGAGACUGGUGCACGUGGAGGUGAUCGGUGGGAGUUCCAAGCGGGAGGAAGGGAAGGUGUCGCUCGAGCGAUACCGCCAGGCUUCAGCCAACAUCCUCCCGAUCUUUCACCGCUUCUCGCCCCUGUGCGAGAAGGCAAGCAUCGAUGAGGCCUACCUGGACUUGACCGCGCAGGUCGAGGCGCUCCUUAACCAGAGCCCCGAGCCUGAAACUGCCCCGGUUUACGAUAACCCUGAGACCGCUAGCGCCAGCGAGAAGUCUGAGCCAAUCAGCAUGGCAAGUGUACAGAGCCGUUCGGACGUCAUCGUUCUGGACGGUCCGUUGGAUCCGUCCAAUGAGUAUGAUCGUCGGCUGCUCGCGGGGGCGACGAUCGUGGCGCAGAUGAGAGAGGCGGUGUUCCACGAGCUCGGGUACACUUGUUCUGCGGGCAUCGCGCCGAAUAAGCUAUUGGCAAAGCUCGCAUCGGCAAUGAACAAGCCGUACAAGCAGACGGUGGUGACGCCACGGGCGAUCCCGGGGCUGAUGAAAGACUUCCCGAUGCGCAAGAUCAGGAACCUGGGGGGGAAGAUGGGAAAAGAGCUCUGCGACACGCUUGGGUGCGAAACCGCAGGAGACGUGCAAAAGAUCCCGGAAGCGGUCCUCAUCGAGAAGCUGGGCGAUAAGAUGGGCCCCUGGGUAUUUCGGGCGGUCCGGGGGAUACACGACGAGCCAGUACAAACGCGCCAGAUCAGCAAGUCGAUGCUCGCGGCCAAGUCGUACAGCCUGACCAACAGCAUUGAGGACGUCAGGCAUUGGCUGCGUUUGUUGUCGAUGGAGCUGGCGGCGCGCAUCGAGUACGACGUUAAGCUGAACAAGCGACGGCCGAAGACCUUUCACCUCUAUUAUCGCGGCUUCGACUCCCGUCGUCGCAUCCAGGAGCACUCCAAGUCGUGCCCCGUGCCCCCCCACAUCCUCCAACUGAUUCUUCAAAUCCACGCCGGCAAAACGCCGAAAAGCCCCGCAAAGUCGCAGGGGGGUGAUUUGCCCCCGGCUCCAGGCCCCCCUCAACUCCCCAGCGUAACAUCCCCCCAUUUCCCUAGUGAGCGAGCCGCUUCGGGCGGCGAGGUUGGCGCGUCCGGGCGCGAUCCGCGCAACGGGGAAGAGGCACCAUUUUCGCGGAAGGAUUCCGGCGGAACGGUUCCUGGGGUUGCUGUUGGCGGCGGGGGUGGCGAUGUUUCUGCGGGGGGCAGAAUGGGCGGUCCAGGAACAAGUCUCCUUGCUGAGCGAGGCUCGGAGCCUCCAAACGGAAGACGGAACGCCGACCCUACGGCGGAACUCUCGAACGGAACAGCAGCGGAGGCCCCACUGCUGCAGUCAAACGCGGGACCUGCCUACCAACUAGAGCGGGAAGAGUCAGCGUGGCGGUCCAUUACCGGGCACAUAAGACGAGGACCUUGUAGAGGGUCAGACGCCGACGGCCGCUCCGAUCAGGACGCUUUACCGCGGCCGUUUGCGAGCGGCCAAGCAGAGCGGGAGAGUUUAUUGCGGCGAGAUUCCAGUGGCCAACUAAAGCGACCAUUUUUGGCACACCCAGGAGUUGAUGGCCAACUAGAGCGGGAGGGUUUGGCGGGGCCGGAAGCUGGUGCCGCGCUAGAGUAUCAUUUGCCGGAAAGCAGCGGCCAACUAGAGCGGAAACUUCCCGAGACCGAGUGGGCGGACGGCGGGCAGAGCAUUGCGGACGGGAUCGGGGCCGCGCUCGCGAGCGGAGAACACGCGGGGCCGCUCGCUGAGGCCUUGUAUUCGUUUGGUCUGUCAAUUUUUGAAAAAGCGGAGCAUAACAUGCCGUCAACACGGGUCGCGGUGGCGGCGGGUGACUUUGUGGACUUGCCGGUGAAGGGGGCGCACUCGAUCACGAGUUUCUUUCAGGCCGGGGAGGUGAGGGGCGUGGCGGGAUCGGGGGGUGCUGAUGGGGAUAACGGAAAGGGGGGGGAGAGAAUUAACGAGCGCGAAAAGGAGAGGGUGACGCGCUUGAGUGGGGGGAAGCAGAAAAGUCACGGGAUCGCCCGGUUCUUCGGGCAGAAGGGAUUUGCCACUGGACACGUGGCAGCACAGUCAGGGGCGGGGAGGGCUCACGGACCUCCGCAAGGGAGUGCCGUUGAGACGGGAGAGCGUGCUCGAGGGAACGAGCUUUUGGGCCUCGAGAAGAGUCAGCCUGAGAGCCCAGACGUGCACGUGGGUGCUGUGCGUAAAACCCGCGCAGCUAACCGGAUUGUAGAAGGUUUGGAAGGAAAUGGAACGGAGAAGAAGGUACGGGAUCGCGUCGCGAGCGACCAAGUCGCGCAGCUGAUGGGCAACCGGUCGCUGGAACCUGAGCAAGAGGGGAAGGAGGUCGAUCGAAAUCUUGACAAAGCGGGCAGUGACAAAACGGCGUGUGGAGAGCAGGCCGAGCCCCGUACUAGUAACUCGGCUGUGAGUGCAGAUGCGCCCGAGAUGCUGACGGGUUUGCAGAGUAGCGUCUUUGGUAAACUAAGCGCAAAUGUUGCGGACAGGCUAGAACAUGAUAGAAGAAAGUCGGACGCGGGCGCACUGUGUCCGGAAUUGUCCGCGGUAGACGUCCGUCAGCAGCAGCGGCUGAUGGCGGACUUUGAGAGGCAGAAGCGGUUCGCCGCACUUGUAAAGAAACGGGAGUCGGAAGCGGGAGGCAGGGGGGGUGCGUCCCACGGCAAAAAGGGGGGCCAGAAGAGGAAAGAGCGCUCUCAGGAGGGGGCCGAAGGGCAGCAGAGAAUCUCGUCAUUUCUCAAGCAUUAG